AUGGACAGUAUUUUUUUAUCGAACAGCAACGGCAGCGUGGAAGGGCGGGCGAAGAGGCAGAGUCCUUCGAGCGAGCUAGCGGCGGCAGAGCACGUAACGGACGGGCUGACAGUCGCGCGGCUGUCGGGCGCUCUCGAUCACUCCGACUCCCCUGACACGGAGGAGCGGCGCGUGCUGCCGCCAACCGACCCGAUGGUGACGUCACUGCUGACGGAUAUGUACCAGCUGACCAUGGCGUAUGCUUACUGGAAGGCGAAGAAGCACAACGACCACGCCGUGUUCGACCUGCUGUUCCGCAAGAACCCGUUCGGCGGCGAGUACACGCUGUUCGCGGGGCUCGAGGAGUGCGUGCGAUUCGUCGCCAACUUCCGAUUCUCACAGGCUGACGUCGCCUACCUGCGCACCAUCAUGCCGCCCUCGUGCGAGGACGCGUUCUUUGACUAUCUGUUGACGCUCGACUGCUCCACCAUCCGCAUCAUGGCCCUGCCAGAGGGAUACGUCGCCUUCCCUCGUGUGCCGCUCAUGCGCGUCGAAGGCCCUCUCCUCGUGGCGCAGCUGCUGGAGACGACGCUGCUGGUGCUCGUGAACUACGCCUCGCUCGUCGCCACCAACGCCGCCCGCCACCGACAAGUGGCCGGGCCCAACAAGAUGCUAUUUGAAUUCGGCCUCCGACGCGCCCAGGGUCCCGAUGGUGCGGUGUCGGCAUCGCGCUAUUGCUUCAUGGGUGGCUUCGAUGCCACCAGCAAUGUAGAGGCGGGGCGCAUCUUCAACAUCCCUGUCAAGGGCACACACUCGCAUGCCUUUGUCUCCUCCUUCCUCGCGUUGGAUGAGAUCAAGGAGCGGGCGCUGCCAUCAGCAGAUGGCUCCCACGUGUGCCCUGACUUCGUGGCCCUCGUGCUCUCCUUCCUGCACCGCAUGCAGGAGAGUGAGAAGCUGAGGGACCUGUUUGCAGAGACCAAUCAGAGCGAGCUGGCGGCGUUUACCUCAUAUGCGCUCGCCUUCCCCACGCACUUCCAGGCGCUCGUCGACACCUACGAUGUGCUGCGGAGUGGAGUGCCCAACUACUGUGCGGUUGCCCUCGCACUGCACCAGCUGGGGUACCGUGCGGUGGGCAUUCGUUUGGACUCGGGCGACCUGGCAUACCUGUCGCAGCAGGCACGCCACUUUCUGCACCACUGCGAGGCCUUUUUCCAUGCGCACGGGCUCAGCAGCGCCGUCAUCACAGCCAGCAGCGACAUCAACGAGGCCACCCUGGAGGCCCUCAACAAGCAGGGCCAUGAGAUAGACGCAUUUGGCAUCGGCACGCACCUGGUGACAUGUGCGAAGCAGCCAGCCCUGGGGUGCGUGUACAAGCUGGUGGAGAUCAACAGCCAGCCGCGCAUCAAGCUCAGCCAGGACUUUGACAAGGUGACGAUUCCGGGCAAGAAGGCGUGCUAUCGGCUGUACGGCAGGGAGGGCUACCCUCUGGUGGACCUGCUCAUGAUGCCAUCGGACCCGCGCCCUCAGGUGGGCGAGCGCAUCCUGUGCCGGCACCCCUUCAGCCAGUCCAAGCGGGCCUACGUGGUGCCGCACCGAGUCGAGCCACUCUACCGCUGCUUCUGGCGGGGAAAGCAAUUCUCAUUACCGGAUGGGCAGGUGGAGGAGGAGAGUGUGGGGGUGGAGCGGCUGCCAGCGCUGGUGGAGGUGAGGGAGCGGUGCCGGCAGCAGAUCACAGGGCUGCGCCCCGACCAUAUACGCGGGCUCAACCCCACGCCCUACAAGAUAAGUGUGACGGACAGGCUGUACAAUUUCAUUCAGGAUCUAUGGAUGACAGAAGCUCCUGUUGGCCAGCUUGCCCCUGCUCGUGGCCGCACAAGCAACAAGAAGCGCAAGGACGACGGAGACCCUGGAUCCAGCAAGGGUGCAACAAAGAAAAAGGCGAAGAAGGCGCCGAAUCCUGACGACAUCAUCGUCAACGAGGCGUUGGGCAGCGACGAUGACAAGCUGGACGGAACGGAGAACCACCUGGUGAUGUCUCACCUGCGCGCCAGGAGCACCACCGAUGUCUCCGAGGACAUGUCCCUCGGGGGGACCACAGGCGACAACACGCGCCUGCUUCGGAAGGCUCCAGAGGAGGAGGAGGAGGAGGAGGAGGAGGAGGAGGAGGAGGAGGAGGAGGAGGAGGAGGAGGAGGAGGAGGAGGAGGAGAAGGAGGAGGAGGAGGCGAUGCAGGCGGAGGGCGUGCGGGAGGUGGCCGUGGCAACUGGCCUGGAGGUGCUGUACCAGGAGACCCCCAACUACCGCGGAGCGGCGGCCGAGGCUGACCGCAUGAUCGAGCCAAGGGAGACGGCUAGGCAUGCCUGGCGAGUGCCAGACCUGGGCGUAGAGCCUGUUGCUAGUGCUGCAGAGGAGGCGGUUACUGAGGGGGGUUAG